GAUAUAUCUAACAUUGAAUGAAGAAAAACAUCCGAUACUGUCUAGUUUUGUAUACAUACAGUCAGUGUGCCGGCCGCCGGCGACCGCAUAACCGCUUGGUGCGUCGUGCUAGCUUGCAAGCAAAUUUAUUUUAAUCAGCACUAUUUUUUGUUGCAAUGGGUAGAGUUGUUAUUAUAUUGGCGGUAGCUGCGGUAGCCAUAGCUGUGCUGUUCGCUCUAAGAUGUCACCAAACACCUUCUUCACCUCCACAACUGGACUUAACAGAAUGGUGGGGACCGAACGAACUGAGGGGCAAAGUUGAUAACAGUAUCCGACCCUUCCAAGUGAAGUUCGAAGAAUCAGUUGUUAACGAUUUAAAGUCUCGUUUGAAAAAUCACCGACCAUUCACUGCCCCGUUAGAAGGAAUUGGCUUUGAAUAUGGUUUUAAUAGCAAGACCUUGAACACGUGGGUCCAGUACUGGGCUGAGAAAUAUCCAUUCAGCGAACGAGAGAAGUUCCUCAACCAAUUUUCUCAGUUCAAAACCAAUAUCCAGGGUUUGGAUAUACACUUCAUAAGGGUUAAACCUAAGGUCCCAGCAGGUGUCCAAGUGGUUCCAAUUCUCUUGAUGCAUGGAUGGCCGGGAUCUGUUAGAGAAUUCUACGAAGUCAUUCCUCUGCUCACUCGUCAGACCCAAGGGUACGAUUUCGCUUUCGAAGUCAUCGUGCCAAGUUUACCUGGCUAUGGAUUUUCUGAUGCUCCCGUACGCCCAGGACUUGCUGCUCCUCAAACGGCGGUGAUUUUCAAGAACCUGAUGAACAGGCUGGGCUUCAAGAAAUAUUACAUCCAGGGUGGAGACUGGGGUGCGGUUGUUGCUGGGGCGCUGGCCACUUUGUUCCCUGAUGAAGUACUUGGUCAUCACACCAAUAUGCCGACAGCAAGGGGUGGUUGCACAAUUGUCAAAACACUGAUCGGCGCUGUAUUCCCGUCACUGGUCGUGGAUCCAGAACAAGCUGAUAGAAUGUACCCACUGUCGAAGGCAUUUUCUUAUAUUCUAGAAGAAUCCGGUUACUUCCAUAUUCAAGCGACCAAACCUGAUACUGUUGGUGUUGGUCUAAAUGAUUCACCAUCAGGACUUCUGGCCUAUAUUCUUGAGAAGUUCUCAACGUGGACCCGAAGAGAACACCGGUCAGCUGUCGAUGGUAAACUGGAGUUCAGAUUCACCAAGGAUCAACUGAUUGAUAACUUGAUGAUAUAUUGGACAACACAGUCUAUCACCACAUCAGUGAGAUACUAUGCAGAGAAUUUCAGUAACAAUAACAGAGAACUGAAUAUUGAAGGAUACAAAAGUGCGGUCCCUACCUGGGCGUUGCAAGCAAAGAACGAGCUAGCGUUCCAGUCUGCUAGCAUCCUUCGCGAAAGAUACCCGAACCUCAUCAAAGCUGUUGUCCUCAACGACGGCGGUCACUUCUUAGCCUUCGAGCUACCUAAGGUCUUCGCAGAGGAUGUCUUCAGAGCAGUGAAAGCUUUCAGGGAAUGGCAUGCCAAGAAUCGAAAGACAGAGUUGUAAUUUAGUUUGCCUUUAAUUUAGGGGAUGUCCAUUAACCACGUGAGGUAUUUUUUUUUUAUUCCCCGCUUCCUUGGUAUAUCUUGAUACUUGAUUUGCUUAUUUCACUUAAAUAAGAUGAGAAUAAAAAGUUUUUAUAUCAUCGUUGAACCUCCUCCCUAUGGAUGAGAUUUGGUGAGAUUUUGUUAACUCCCCCCCCCCCCCCCCCCCAUUUAUGUUUAUAUAAUUAAUGGAUUUCCCCUUAUUUGGUAGCUAUUUGUUCAAUUAUAAUUAUGUGAUCAAAUUAUUAUAUUAUCUUCAAUGAAAAGUAACACAGGAAUUAUAGAUCUCAAAUAUUUUGUUUUUUUUUUUUCAAAAAUAGGCUCAAUUUAUAAGCAUGAGAGAUAAAAAGCGAGAGAUAAGAUUCUGUUUUUUUUUUUAUUGUUAAUUAAUAAAAUAAUGAAGGUCUCGGAAAUUAAACAUUGAGCACAAAUUUUAAACAUUAAGAUUUUGUUACGAAAUCAAUUGUGAAGUAGUACUUGACUGUGAACUAGAUGGCGUUGGUAAUUGUUGUUUUUAAAAGAAAAGACAUGUUACGCAUAUAUUUGUUACUUUUAUAAUGAACUAUUGACUAUUUUAUAUAAAAAUGUAAAUAAAACUGUUUUAUAAUUCA